CACUCUCGUCCAACAGAAGCUAGCGUUGACGUCGAGAAAGUAACUCGUCGCCUCACCAUGGCAUUUAUAUCCGCUUUCCGCUCUCUACUCCGGCGCCGGGGAACUCCUGCGCCCUACCUCUCCUGCUAUAGUAGGCCGCUCUGCACCGCGGCGCCUAGCGAGGAGAAGCUCAACGCUGCAAGCUAUCAUGUCUCCGGCGGCCCUUCCUUCAUGCGCGGGACCGUUUUCUGGGAGCCCGGAAGACCGCUCACCAUCGAGGAGUUCGAGAUGCCUCGACCCAAGGCAGGGGAGCUUCUGAUCAAGACCAAGGCUUGUGGAGUUUGUCAUUCUGAUCUUCACGUCUUAAAAGGUGAACUUCCAUUUUCAAGUCCUUGUGUUUUGGGUCAUGAAAUAACUGGAGAAGUAGUUGAACAUGGUACCCACACAGAUAUUGUCACAACAAAAAGGUUUCCUAUUGGAAGUCAUGUAGUUGGAGCAUUUAUAAUGCCUUGUGGAAAUUGCUUCUUUUGUGUCAAAGGCCAGGAAGACCUAUGCGAGUCUUUUUUUGCUUAUAAUCGAGCGAAAGGAACACUCUAUGAUGGCCAGACUCGGCUAUUUCUGCGAAAUAGUGGAAAGCCUGUGUACAUGUACAGCAUGGGUGGACUUGCUGAAUACUGUGUCAUUCCUGCCAAUGCGGUGACUACUCUGCCAAACUCACUACCAUAUACUGAAUCUGCUAUCUUAGGCUGUGCAGUUUUUACUGCGUAUGGAGCUUUAAGACAUGCAGCUGAAAUGCGCCCUGGUGAUUCUAUAGCAGUUAUAGGAGUUGGUGGCAUUGGUGCAAGUUGUUUACAGAUAGCACGAGCGUUUGGUGCUACUGUGGUAAUUGCAGUUGAUGUGCGAGACGAAAAACUACUCAAUGCAAGGACUCUCGGAGCAACUCACACCAUAAAUGCUUCAAGGGAAGAUGCUGUCGAGAAGAUAAAGGAAUUUACUGGUGGAAUGGGUGUUGAUAUUGCAAUAGAAGCAUUGGGAAAACCUUUAACUUUUAUGCAAUGCACAAAAGCUGUGCGAGAUGGUGGUAAAGCAGUUAUGAUAGGACUUGCUCCAACCAAUGCUUUGGGGGAGAUUGACAUAACUCGCCUAGUCCGCAGACAGAUAAAAAUUAUCGGCUCAUAUGGAGCGAGAGCAAGACAGGAUCUUCCUCAGAUUGUGAAGCUUGCUGAGACCGGCAUAUUCAAGCUUCGAAACACAGUGUCCAGAAAGUGCAGAUUUGAAGAGGCAAACCAAGUCUAUGAAGACCUUGACAAUGGGAAGAUUGUUGGCCGAGCUGUGAUUGAAAUAGCAGAGUAAUUUUUAACUUUGAUUUGAUCUGGAAAUAAUGCUUUUGUCGUGUCUCGCCAAUACUAUGUUUUUGAGCGUUUUCUUGUAUGUUCAUUUGAGCAUAUUCUUUGAUGAGUUUUAAUUAUGCUAUUACAUUUUGCACAUUUUGCUCUUGCUCUUGCUCUAACUGAUGAUUUUCUGAAUGUGUGCAUUCAGGAAGAAAUGUCUUAAAGUG